AGAAGAAAGGUAAUGGUUAGAAUUCAACAACAGAGAUCAAAGUCUGUUAGAUGGAAUCAAGAUAUUUGUCCAAAUGUUUUCAAGAAAAUUAAGACUUGGAUUGUACAAUCGGGUAACUGUCCUGCGGUGUGGAAUGGAAAAGAUGGAUAUGAGGUUAAAUACUUUGGUCAUGGAUACACUGUCAAUCUCACAGAGCAGACUUGCAGCUGUAGAUAUUGGCAACUUUCUGGACUGCCAUGUCCUCACGCAUUGUCCUGCAUAUUUUAUAGCGGUGGAAGUGUUGACACAUACAUUGAAAAAUGCUAUACUGUGGAGUGCUUCAAAAGAAUUUAUGAUCAUUGCUUGGAGCCAAUUGAAGGUAUGCCUAGUUGGCCUAUCUCUGCUAGACCAAGGCCACUUCCACCUAUGUAUGGUGUCAUGCCUGGUCGUCCUAGUGGGGAGAGGAGGAGGGAACCACAUGAGAAACCAAAAAUUUCUAAAGCUUCAAAGAUGUCAAGGACAGGUACAAAGAUAAGAUGCAGCCGUUGCAAAGAAUAUGGGCACAAUAAAAAGACUUGCGAGGAAAAGAUGGCAGCUGCAACAUCCACUAUGGUGAAACCAUCUGCUUAUGUUACACAAGACAAAGCUAUGGGAUCAGAACAUACCGGUCCAGCGAAGAGAAAGAGGGGAGCAACAAGUUCACUUCAAAUUGGCCCUGUUUCUAUCAACUUGAAUGCCCAUGAUCAGUCCUCACAAGCUUCUUCAUCAGUAAUGAACAUGGAUUCAGGGAGAGCUAGUACAAAUGCACUCGAGCCAAGCAAACAGAUUAAGAGGAAGCCUGUGCCACGGCUAUUGCUAGAAGAUUGAGUAGAAGAACAAAAUGAAGAAGCAAGUGCAAGCUUAUCUAUCUAUUUCCUACAUUUCUUAGUGCCAGACUUGUAUGGCUAUUACUUCUGAAUUUUAAUUGUUAAUGUCAGACUACCAAUGCGUUGCUUAUAUGACUUGAAUUGUUCA